UAAUUUUGACAAAUUGAAAGAGAUUUUUUCAUAUUAUGUACAUCAAUUUACAAUGAAUAAUUAAUAAAAAUCCAAUAAAAAUUAAGUAUUAAUGAAGACUGUUAGAUACAAUUUCUAAAUAUUUAUUGAUUUUCAAUAUAAACUCUCUUCAAAAUGAAUGUAAUAGCAGCCGGGAAGGCGUAUAUCAAUAAAAUAACAGAGGAAAGUGAACCAGGAAUGAAAGUUUUAAUGAUGGAUAAAGAAACAACAAGUAUAAUUAGUAUGCUAUGUAGUCAAUCAGAGAUACAACAGAAAGAAGUGUAUUUAGUUGAAAGAAUUUCUGAUUCUCAAAAUCAAAAUAACACAACGUUAAGGUAUUUGAAAUGUUUGGUGUUCCUAAGGCCUACUCCAGAAAACAUUAAAUUAUUAUGUUAUGAACUAACAAGACCAAAAUAUGGGGCCUAUUAUAUAUAUUUUAGUAAUAUAAUCGCAAAGGCAGAUAUCAAGGUAUUAGCUGAACAUGACGAGCAAGAAGUUGUGAAAGAGGUCCAAGAAAUUUAUAUGGAUUAUUUAGCUGUCAACCCGCAUUUAUUCUCUUUGGGUUUAACUUGUCCCAUAAAGGAUCUUGCUUGGAACUCAGAUGCUCUACAAAGAAGUACUUCGGGAAUUGUAUCAUUACUUCUUUCCCUGAAAAAAUGCCCAAUAAUUCGUUAUCAAAAUAAUUCCAAAUUAUGUAGGGAACUUGGAAAAAGAAUUAGUGACAUUAUAAAUAAGGAAAGCACUUUAUUUGCAUUUGGACAUAGUAGUCAAUCAUUGUUAUUAAUAUUGGACAGAAGAAAUGAUCCUAUAACACCUUUAUUAAAUCAAUGGACUUAUCAAGCUAUGGUCCAUGAACUACUAACAAUUUAUAAUAAUAGGGUAAACUUAUCCCAAGUUCCUGGUAUAUCCAAAGAAUUAACAGAAGUGGUACUUUCUGCUGAACAAGAUCCUUUUUAUGCAAAAAAUAUAUUUUUAAAUUAUGGAGAAAUUGGGCAAAAUAUAAAACAAUUAAUGGAACAAUUUCAAAUGAAAGCAAAAAGCCAUCAGAAAAUUGAGAGUAUAGCCGAUAUGAAAAAUUUUGUUGAUGCCUACCCGCAAUUCAAAAAACUUUCGGGUAAUGUGUCAAAACAUGUGACAGUUGUUGGAGAACUAAGUUCAAUGGUCAAUAAAUACCAUCUUCUAGAUGUUUCAGAGGUAGAACAAGAAAUUACAUCACAAAAUGAUCAUUCUAACCAAUUACAAAGUAUCAAAAAACUCAUAGGCAAUGAUAAAGUUAGACCUCUAGAUCUAGUUAAAUUGGUGAUCAUGUAUGCUCUCCGAUACCAAAAUAAUGCAAACAAUGAAGUUUCAGGCCUGAUUGAGAUGUUGAAAAGGAGAAACAUCUCUAAAGAUCUUUUAUCGAAUAUUGUUUAUGUGCUUGAAUAUGCCGCAUCGAUUACAAGACAGAACGAUCUGUUCAAUGUAGAGGAAGCUGUAAAAAUUACCAAGAGAUUUUUCAAAGGUUUGAGCGGAGUCGAUAACGUUUAUACCCAACAUAAACCUCUGCUUCAAGAAAUACUGGAAGAAAUAGUGAAGGGGAGAUUAAAGGAAAACCUCUAUCCUUGUAUGGGGUUGAAUAAUAUAAAUACUCGUUGCCAAGAUAUAAUAGUUUUUAUAAUUGGUGGUACAACUUAUGAAGAAUCCUUAGCUGUACAUUCCUUUAACCGUAAUAAUCCUGGCUUUAAUGUCCUACUGGGUGGCACUUCUAUUCAUAAUUCUGAAAGCUUCUUAGAAGAAGUAAAGUCAUCGGUUCUAAACAUACCAAAGAAGAGCACUAGGAAAUUCCGAAAUCUUGACUGUCCGUAAAUUUAUUUAUACUUUUUUUAUGAUAAUUGUAUGUUAUAUGUAUCUAAAAUUUAUUUAAUCUAAUUUAUUAUCAUUCCAUUAGAGGACCUUGGUACAUGAUCAAUAUAUCAAAUGUGAAUAAAUCUGUAAUAUAUUAAAAUUCAAAGAACAAAUUAAUAUAAAAUCAAUCUUAA